AUGCGUGAACUGAACUGGAGCGUAGGAGGAGCACUCCUUCAUUUAGGAGAGAAUGAAGCUAUGCAAGUGAUUGAGCGAGUAGCCUCCAAUGAUGAUGGAUGGAAUAAUGACAUAAACAAGUCUUAUAGGGUGGCCUCUGUAUCAAAAGAUGAUAGAAUAGACAGAAUGUCAAAGCAGCUUGAUCUCUUGACCACACAAUUAGGAAUUAUGAAGAUGAGACAGUCUGGGUCAGAGAUUCAAGGGGGAGUUGAAGGUGUCAACUAUGUGCACCAAGGAGGGAAUAACAUGAACUUCAACAACUAUCUGCCAAACCAAGGGAGUGAUAACUAUAACCGCUAUGGUAACAAGGUGCAUCCCAAUCUCUCCUACGGUAAUCCAAACAAUGCUUUGCAACGACCACUAGGAUUCACAGUAGCUAAUGGAAUUGUCGAUGAGCAGAAGAAGCCUACUACAGAAGAUAUCUUGGCAGCAUUCAUGAUUCAGACUACCAAGUAUAUGGAGAAAACUGACAAGUACAUGGAGAUUACUAAUCAAAGGCUGGGAAAAGUUGAGAAUGACGUGCAAAGCUUGAACGUACAUAUGAAGAGCAUUAACAAUCAGAUAAUUCAGAUCUCUCAAGCUGUGGGAGUCCAACAUCAACCAGGCCAAUUCCCAGCACAUACCAUAAACAAUCCCAAGGACUGCAAGACCAUACACUUGAGAGGUAGUAAAAGCUAUGAAAGACCUUCCAUGCCUAUAGAUGAAAAGAAGAGUACUCCAGAGGAAAAUGUCAGAGCAGAAGAGAAUUUCAAGGGAAAGAAUAAGGUGGACAUUCAGACCGAGAAAGACGCAGUGCUAGAAAAGCUGCCCCCUCCCUCCAUUCCUACGACAGUUAGGGUGCCCUUCCUAUUUGCGGUGAAGAAGAAGAAGUUGGAUGAACAAUUCUCCAAAUUUCUCGAUAUUUUUAGGAAGGUGCACAUUAAUAUACCAUUGGUGGAAGCUCUGCAAGAGAUGACUACAUAUGCAAAGUUCCUAAAAGAUGUGCUCUCCAAGAAGAAGAAGAAGUGGAUUGAUUAUGAGACGGUGAACAUAUUUGAAAAUUGUAGUGCGAUAAUUCAAAAGAAGCAACCUGCCAAGUUUAAAGAUCCUGGGAGUUUCAAUAUCUCAUGCGUCAUUAGAAAUGAUAGACAGACAAAGGCACUGUGUGAUCUGGGGGCGAGCAUAAAUUUGAUGCCAUUAUCGUUUUUCACACUACAGAUGGCAGAUAGAUCAGUCACCUAUGCUAAAGGAAUUGUUGAGGAUGUUCUGGUGAAGGUACAUAACUUUAUAUUUUCUGUCGAUUUUGUAGUAUUGGAUAUAGAGGAAGACAUGAAUGUGCCGCUUAUCCUGGGGCGUCUAUUCCUAGCAACGGGAAAAGCACUGAUAGAUAUAGUAAAGGGAGAGCUCACUCUUCGUAUGGCCAACAAACGACACAUUUUAUCUAUCUACAAUGCUAUGAAGAGUCGUGAAGAUGAUGAACUUGUUAUGAAGAUGGAGUGCAAAGUUGUGCAUGUUGUGAAGGUCCAAAAGACACAAGCAAUUGAGUCAACAUUUGGGUGA